AGAUGGGAACAUUGUUCCGUUCUCUGGCUAAGUUCGCUUUUGUUCACCAUUCUAAUAUGCGGUGGCUUUCUUCCACACCUCCUUCUUGUAUGUCGAUGCUUGUUGAAGACGAGAAUUUUGUGGCUUAGUUCUCUUCCUGGUGAUCCAGUGUACCAAAAAAAAGAAAAGAAAAAAGAAAAAAAAAGAAAGUUCAGUUUACAAAAUCCACCCUAGUCAUAUACGUCCGGAUACACCUAUUAACCAGACCAAUUCCCCCUCAUCGGAUGGUAAGGUACUAACUUUAACAACAGAUUGGGGGUGGAAUUAAUAAGAAUUUCGAGCUGUUGGGUACAAAGACAUACAUAUCAAUAUUCCCAAAUUUUUCGAACCCUAAGAUUUAUUACUGCUGCUUAAAAUUCUUCACUCAGAUUGAUUAAUGGGGAAUUUGAACGAUCUCCCAGCAGAUAUUUUAGUCGACAUCUUAACUCGUCUACCUACAGAAUCCAUUCUACCCUGCAGAUUAGUUUCUAAAUCAUGGAAAAAUCUUAUUUCUCGUCAUCCAUGCUUCUCUCAAAUGCAUUUAAGCCGUCUCCAACACACCGAUGAAAGUUUUCUUAUCAGAGGUGAGAAUCAACAGCUCCACUACUUUGAGUAUAUUGACGAAAAUGAGAAACCUAUUGAUUGUAUUAAAAGAGUCAAUUUAACCCCUCCAUUUACAUCUUCAUAUAUUCUUCUUGGUUCAUUUAAUGGUUUAGUUUGUCUUUAUGGGUUGGAAGAUUAUACUGCUUGUCUGUGUAACCCUGUCACAAAAGAAUAUGUUAUGCUUCCCAAAAUUCAUAGAGAUUUUGAUGAUGAUGGGUAUAUUCAUUAUUUGACCGGAUUUGGUUUCCUUACUUCAACUCAUGAGUAUAAAGUUGUUGAAAUGUACAAGUUAAAGACAGACCUUAAUGUUCUUUUGGUUGGGGUGUAUACUGUUGGCAAUGGUAAUGGGUGGAGAAGUGUUGGGAGGUUGGAUACCAAAUUUACCAAAGUAAAUGAAGGAGUUGGUGUCUAUGUGAAUGGAGCCCUGCAUUGGAUGGAUAAACAUAGAGGAAGGAUUUUGGUCUUUGAUUUGAUUAAGGAGAAGUUUAGUGAGUAUCUUUCACCACCUCCUUUGAGUCCAUACAGUACGUGGUAUGAUUAUACGCUAGGGGAUUUGGGUGUGGUUUUAUAUAUUGCUGUAGAAAGUAACUUUGACAUCGAAGAAGGCCCAUGUUUUGAUGUAUGGCUACUGGAUGACAAGAACGAUAAACGUGACAUGAAAGAGCAGGCGGGACAAGAACCAUUGUGUUGGAGUAAAGUAUUUCGGCUUCCGGAAAGAAGACCAUUAGCUUUUACCAAGAGUGGUGGUCUCUUAUGUUUCAAUUGUGCCUCUCUCGGCGUUUAUGAUGCAUUAACUGCAAGCUCGAAAAAGCUUGUGGAUUUUCGUCUAAUCAUUCAAAUAUUUCCUCACAAGAACACCUUAGUUUCGUUGAAAGAAUUAGGAGAAGAAGAUACAAAAAUUAUGGGGUCAGCUGAAGUUGAGGACACAUAAAGCUGUCCUUUGCCGACGAAGGAGUUAGCAAGUUGAGAUCCCUGGAUACACGUAAUAACUGGAUGUGAUGCAGGCUUUAGUAACUUGUCCUGUUCUUAUUAAUUGGAGUCGAGUAAGUAUAUGGAAGCAAGAUUGUGGAGGAGAGCUUUCCGGUUGUAUACAUGUGGCAGUCUACUUGCUCUUACUUCUUAGCAAUAGAUAAUUUGGCGAUCAAAAUUUGGACCUUGACAUGUUAUCUUAAGAAUUAAUCUCUUUUAUAUCACAGAAUUGGAAGCUUGAACAGUAGACAACACUAAAGUUUGUCAUCAUUCAUCAAUAGUUCAGUAAGAACAAUAGAGUCAAGUAUGCAGAGUUCUGUGUGAUAGUGUGUCAUGAUUUACGUUUCAACCCUGUUGUUAACUGUAACCAAGUUUAUCUUCAGAUAAUGCUUAUUUUCGAUCUGUACUGGAAAGCUCAAUUCUGCUAGGAUUUUCCCAUCUUCUUACAGAUGGAUAAGUUUUAUUAUAAUUGUAGUUAUCCACAUAUUGCAUGCCUACAUCCUCAGUUAUAUCAGUUUAACUCUGGGUCAGUUAGAUUCCAAUUUGCAUUAUUUUGAAAGGAUGUGUUUGUUUACCAUGCUGUAGCUCCUAUCCUUUCUAGAGUUUAAGCCGUGUCUUAAUUUAUUUACUUGCAAAUUGUCUUGCACCUUCUAUUGAGCAUGCCCUUCUAAGUUUGUUUGCAAAUUAUGGCUUCUUUAUUAUUAUUUUUGAAAGAAAAACCAAAGGACUCAUUAAAAGCCAGAGGCAAACAGAUUACAUGAGGAUUCUAUCUUCUUCUACCUGACUUCUGACACUACUAGGGAGCUGAUCUCUCCAAACCUUACUACAGGAGUUACAUCUGGCAUUAAUUGCAGAGCUUAUCAGCUGCUUGAUUGCCAUCUCUAUGCUUAAAACAAACAACAACACUACUUCCUAGACACUGAACUAGAGACCUACAGUCAAGAGUAAUAUUGUGGUCUUCCCAUCUUGUGCUAAGCUGAUCACAAACAAUG